AUGACAGAACCAAACUGGACCGAUUUGAACGACAGUCCCCUUAGCACCAUUGGUGAAGAUGUGGCCGUCACCAACCCAAUUAAUCAGGGCGAAGGGCGGAAUAUGCAUGUUGUCUACCUGGUUGUCAGUGGAGGAAUUGAAGCGAGAAGACGGUAUUCUGAUUUUCAGUGGUUGUAUCAACGCAUCUUGACGGAAGCUCCUGGCGCCUUUGUGCCCAUAAUUCCACACAAACGAACGGCGCUGAUUGGUGAAGCCAAGUACAGUCAAGAGUUUGUCGAAGAGAGGCGUGGGAAUUUGCAAAUGUUCAUGAAGGGCGUCUUCCAAAUACCUGACAUUAACACUCUGAGCCCUUCGUUGGUAACCUUCUUGACGGCACCAGAAGAUCAGUUGGACAACGCCAAGAAACAGGUCGAGGCGGCCAAUCCCAGCCUGGUAUCGACUAAGGAUAUGGAUGCUGAAAACGAUAAUGUUGCUGAAGCUAAGAAAGGACUCGGUAAUCUGAUAGCAAAGGCAAAGACUGUCACUCAAACCAAGUUGGGAAAUAUGGAACUCCUAGAAACCAAGGAUGAAAAAGAGAUUGCUGCACUCAAGCUCUACAUUAGUCGUGUGGAAAUUCACAUCAAGGAACUGGCAAUUUGUACCGAGAAGCUAAUCAAGUCCACAAGCGACAAACUGAUUGGCAUUAAUGAUCUUGGUGUCAAAAUUUCAGAAUGGAAGUUUUCGCGGGAUGAUUUCUUGGACACCACCUAUGGCCCGGAAGGCCGACUCAUGGACGACCACCAAGAGAUUCCCAAGAUGAUGUCUGCAGUUGCUCACUUUUCAGAUGAAAUACGGAUUCAAAUGGAGAAGCAAGCUGCUGCCGAACGAGCAACGUUGGAACAAGGUUUGAGUCGAUUGGCAUUGGACAUUAUUGGUUUCAAGAGAGCGCUGGCCACUCGCAGAAAGCUGCAAGUCGCCUAUACUACAAAGGACAAUCAAAUCAAACAAAUCAAAAAGAAUUUGGAGAAAAAGAAAGAAGUCGACAGAAUGUCAGCGGACCUUUACGAUUUGGAGAAGGCGGCAAGUGUUCUGAAGGUCAAAUUGGAAGAGUGUUCCCAUCGACUGCUGAAGGAAUCAAAUCGCGUUCGCCCCGUGAUAGAAGCCAGAUUGAAUGAUAGCUUGAAGAAUUAUGCAAUCAUGCAACUAAUGUUUGGAGAAAAAGUUAAGAAGCUUUGGGACAACCUGAUGCCCAAAUUUGAACUUGAAGGUACCGAAGAAGUAAAUGGUCCCAAUACGCCUGGAAAGCUUUCGACGAUUGCACUCUCCGAUUCGGGUGAGAAUUUAAAGCCGUCAGCACCACCGCUGAGCGAAGACUUAAUGGGAGGACGGGCGAUGCCUCCUACACCCCCACCACCAGUACCGGAUGCUUCCGCCGAGCUUGUCGUGGAAAAGGUUGAGGGCUCUCAAGAUCCUGAAAUUGAGGAUGACGGAGCACCAGCUAGCACCCCCAACACAGAAUGA